UCAAGUUAACACCUUAAUGACAAUUACCUAAAACUCUGUCAUUUUAGUUGCAAGUUACAAUUAUUGCAUAACGAUUACUUUUUAUUGUGAUUAAACAUGGCUUCGACUUCGAAAAGGACAAGUGUCGACGAACGAAGUGAAACACCUGAAAAAUCUUCCCCGAUCGAACAUGAAAAUACUUCCAUUGAAAUCAACCCGUUGCAAGAUUCUUCAGAGAAAUUUAAGAAGAGAAGUGGUACUACAGACGUAGGAAAAGACUACGAACAUCUCUACAUAGCGAAUUUAAUUUUAAAAUUAAUAAUUGACGAUGACGUGGAAAAUUUUUAUUUGUCGUCGAACGAUAAUCUAUAUGGUUCUUUCGAUGACGUUGUAGUUGAAAUUACAUUCAAGGAUCGAGUGGAAACGUACGCUAUUCAGUUGAAACACGUUAGCAGAUCAGGAGAAAUAAAAAUUGAGCAGUUAAAUGCAUCGAGUGGAAACUUUAGCGUCGAGAAUUAUUACAAAGACUUCAAAAAAGAGCCGAAGUUAUCUGACAAGCGUAUCAAGAUGGUUUUGUUUACCAAUUCUAAGCUAAAUGUAGAGCACAUUGAUGAGUUUAAAUUUGGCAAAUUGACACCAUGUGAACAAUAUAGUUUACUAAGUACCUCACAAUUGGGAGGACAGAGUUACACAUUUGAAGCAAAUGAAAACAAUUUCAAGGAAUAUGAACAUUUUUUAAAAAAUAUGUGUCUCUACACUGAUCAGUCAGAUGUCAAAGAAUUGAAAACGGGUAUACUUGAGAUAUUCAAGGAAUAUUUCAAAAGCACUGAAACCGCUUUCCGAGAGUACUUACAUUUUAUAACCGAGUGGAGCAUGCAGGAAGGAAACAAAACCAAACUCAAUAAAAUAUGGAUGAAAUACAUGAUAAGUCUUUGCGUAUUUUCACCUUUUAUCAAACCGUUAUCUUUUGGUGCUGGUGGACCAGUGGACACCAAAAGAAAUUUUUUUAAAGAAGCUGUUUCGAAAUUUGACUUGACUGUAAUAAACAAAAACAAUUUCGAGAAAAUCGACUCAGUUUGGUCAAAUGCUGUCGACUAUGUAGAUGAUAUGAAAGAAACAAUUAACGUUAAUAACAUGUAUCAACUUAUCGAAAAGGGAAUAGAAACAAAGGAAAGUCUCUAUGAUAAGGACGCAACAAAAGUAUCGAAGCUCAUGUGGUUGCUGGGAAACAGUCCGUUAGUCGUUGAAGGGUGUCCACAAGUUUAUGAAACAAUAAAAUUAUGUCAGGUUCAAAAUCUAAUUAUACUAGAUGAUCGAGAAAAGUUUAAUGGGUGUGUUAAAAAAAGUAGUACUGACCCCCGUCCCGACAGUGCAGAUGGUCAACAAAAACCAUGCUUGUUUGAAAAGUUAUCUGAUUUAGAAAACCACGUACAGUUGUAUGAAGACAUCCUAGCGAAUUUUACAUAUUCACUGCAAGGGCAAAAAGACGCUGAAUUGAAAUAUUUGCUAAAAAUCUGCGAAGAUAGCGGCGACUUCAUCACUACGGAUGAUUUAGUUGAAAUGAUGGAAGCUCCAUUGCUGAUUGGAAAAUGCCAAGAUGCUCUGCCACCCAGUCAUGUUGAAAGAAAAUUGACGAAAAUUUUAAUAGACAUAAAAUUUUUGGAAAAGAUUAGUGAAAAUACAAUUGUUUUAGUCGAUUGCGUAACAGAUGUCAACUAUUUUCAACAAUUUUUGCCAAAUUUAGUAGUCAACAAAGUGAAUGACGUUGAAUUAAUUCAGAACACAAUUCAUGAACAGAAGAUAUAUAUUUAUGAAAACGAAAUUUCACACGAGGAAUUUUCUGCAUUGCAUAAAAAAAAAUUAGAAAUUCAGUUUCAUCACUUCAGAUAUUUAGACAAUCAUCGUUUGGAAUGGAUGGAAAGUGAAAAUUAUGGCCCAGAACGAAAAUAUAUCGACGAACUUGAGAGGUUUCGUCUACAAAGUGACUUUAUGGAGUACACUAUACACGAGCGUCAGUACUUUAGUUAUUCUCGACAAAAUAUCAACAUUAUUUGCGCCAAUGCUGGAAUGGGAAAAAGCACAUUAACGAAGAGUUUAAAAAAUAGCAGUUCGUCUACAAAGUGGAUCAUUUUAAUCUACGUCAGAAACCACGCCUUACACUUCAGGAAACACGAAUCAAACGUGGAGAAUUUCUUAAAAUAUAUUUUAGAAGAAAUUUUUAAGGACUGCUUUAACCCUUUCCACCAGAAAGUGUUCAAAACAAUGCUGGAACAAUAUCAAGUACAAUUAAUAUGGGAUGGACUUGAUGAAGCAUCUGAUGCCACUCAAAUUUACAUCAUAACUUUAGUAAUUGCAUUUUCUAAAAAAGGAGUGAAGCAAUGGUUGACUUCUCGAAUCAAUUUAAGGGAUAUUUUGGAAAAUAAAUUAGAUUUAAAAUUAGCGAAAAAUUCGAAAUGUUUAGUAGGUGUUAUAUAUAAGAAUCUUACAAGUCUAAAGGAAUUUACUGAUGCAGAUUUACUUAAAAAGGAUAUCAUUGGUCGUGACAUUUUGGAAGUGGCUUGCGCCUGGAAUAAAAGUUAUCCAUUUGUUAAAAACAAUAUUAUUUUGAAUGACAAAAGUUUUAACGCGGAAUGGUUAAUCAGCAAUAACAAAAGAGUCGUUAGAACCCUAAAUUAUCGUGAUAUAGCACCAGAAUUUUAUAAAAUCAGCGCAUCGGGUCAUGUGUGUUUUAAAAAAUUGAUGAUUUUGUUACCAUUUUUGAUUCCAUUAUAUGACGGGAAUCAGUUCGCUGAAGAAUAUUUAGUGACAGUUUUAUAUUAUGCAAUUAGGUUUGAUUGUCCAAUAAUAUAUGAGUGUAUUGAGAAUUCCAUUCCUUUAAAAACCACAUACAAUAAUAUUAGUUCAAGAAGCAUUUUGGCCUUAGCUCUAUUUAACAGGUCAGCGCAAAUAUUAAAAAAAGUACUUUCUGAAAAACGAUUCAGUUCGGAAUGGGACUGUGUAGAAGAACUUUUAGUUUUAAAUUCGGAAAUUGACGAAAUAUUGAGUUUUGCGUUACAUUUCCCAGGGUUUAGAACAGAUGUGUCAAAUUCGAAAGGUCAGUUGUUGGCGCAUUAUGCAUGUGAAAAAAAUCUAACUAAGACGUUACGUUCAUUAAUUCUCAGAAAAGCAAACAUGAAUGAUCGGGAUACGAACGGAAAACGUCCUAUAGAUCUUGCACGUCAAAAAGGGUAUUCAGAUUGUUUAAAACACAUAGCACAAAUUGACGUUUUGGAUAAAGACGGUCGGUUGCCGCUUCAUUACGCUUGUGAGGAUGGAGAUUUAGGUGUAACAGAAAUACUGUUAACCAAUGGUGCGAAAGUUGACAUUCCGGAUAAAGAUGGACAACUGCCGAUACAUUAUGCUUAUAAACACGGAACAUUAAACCUGGUAGAAUUACUGGUAACGAACGGUGCGAAAUUUGAUGUUCCGGACAGAGGUGGUCAGCUACCGAUGCACUAUGCGUGCAGAAAUGAUGGGUGGGGACGUGAUAUAUUUUUAUUUUUGCUGAAAAAAGGUGCAAAACUGGAUGUUUCAAAUGGAGAUGGACAACUGCCGAUACAUUAUGCUUGUAAUCACGGAAGAUUAAACCUGGUAGAAUUACUGGUAACAAACGGAGCGAAAUUUGAUGUUCCGGACAGAGGUGGUCAGCUACCGAUGCACUAUGCGUGCAGAAAUGUGUGGUGGGCACGUGAUAUUAUUUUAUUUUUGUGUAAAAAAGGUGCGAAAGUGGAUGUUCCGGAUGGAGAUGGACAACUGCCGAUACAUUUUGCUUGUAAAUACGGAAAUUUAAACAUGGUAGAAUUACUGGUAACGAACGGUGCGAAAUUUGAUGUUCCGGACAGAGGUGGUCAGCUACCGAUGCACUAUGCGUGCAGAAAUGUUGUGUGGGGAGGUGAUAUAAUUUUAUUUUUGUGUAAAAAAGGUGCGAAAGUGGAUGUUGCGGAUGGAGAUGGACAACUGCCGAUACAUUAUGCUUGUAAACACGGAAGAUUAAACCUGGUAGAAUUACUGGUAACGAACGGUGCGAAAUUUGAUGUUCCGGACAGAGGUGGUCAGCUACCGAUGCACUAUGCGUACAGAAAUGAUGGGUGGGGAUGUAAUAUAAUUUUAUUUUUGUGUAAAAAAGGUGCGAAAGUGGAUGUUCCGGAUCGAGAUGGACAACUGCCGAUACAUUAUGCUUGUAAACACGGAAGAUUAAACCUGGUAGAAUUACUGGUAACGAACGGUGCGAAAUUUGAUGUUCCGGACAGAGGUGGUCAGCUACCGAUUCACUAUGCGUGCAGAAAUGUGUGGUGGGCACGUGAUAUAAUUUUAUUUUUGUGUAAAAAAGGUGCGAAAGUGGAUGUUCCGGAUGGAGAUGGACAACUGCCGAUACAUUUUGCUUGUAAAUACGGAAAUUUAAACAUGGUAGAAUUACUGGUAACGAACGGUGCGAAAUUUGAUGUUCCGGACAGAGGUGGUCAGCUACCGAUGCACUAUGCGUGCAGAAAUGUUGUGUGGGGAGGUGAUAUAGUUUUAUUUUUGUGUAAAAAAGGUGCGAAAGUGGAUGAUCCGGAUGGAGAUGGACAACUGCCGAUGCAUUGUGCUUGUAAACACGGAAUUUUAAACCUGGUAGAAUUACUGGUUACGAACGGUGCGAAAUUUGAUGUUCCGGACAGAGGUGGUCAGCUACCGAUGCACUAUGCGUGCAGAAAUGAUGGGUGGGGACGUGAUAUAAUUUUAUUUUUGCUAGAAAAAGGUGCGAAACUGGAUGUUCCGGAUGGAGAUGGACAACUGCCGAUACAUUAUGCUUGUAAACACGGAAGAUUAAACCUGGUAGAAUUACUGGUAACGAACGGUGCGAAAUUUGAUGUUCCGGACAGAGGUGGUCAGCUACCGAUUCACUAUGCGUGCAGAAAUGUGUGGUGGGCACGUGAUAUAAUUUUAUUUUUGUGUAAAAAAGGUGCGAAAGUGGAUGUUCUGGAUGGAGAUGGACAACUACCGAUACAUUAUGCUUGUAAACACGGAAGAUUAAACCUGGUAGAAUUACUGGUUACGAACGGUGCGAAAUUUGAUGUUCCGGACAGAGGUGGUCAGCUACCGAUGCACUAUGCGUCCAGAAAUUACUGCUUGGGACGUGAUAUAAUUUUAUUUUUGUGUAAGAAAGGAGCGAAAGUGAAUGUUCCGGAUGGAGAUGGACAACUGCCGGUACAUUAUGCUUGUAAACACGGAAGAUUAAACCUGGUAGAAUUACUGGUAACGAAUGGAACGAAAUUUGAUGUUCCGGACAGAGGUGGUCAGCUACCAAUGCACUAUGCGUGCAGAAAUUACGACGAGGGAUAUGAUAUAAUUUUAUUUUUGCUAAAAAAAGGUGCGAAACUGGAUGUUCUGGAUGGAGAUGGACAACUGCCGAUACAUUAUGCUUGUAAACACGGAAGAUUAAACCUGGUAAAAUUACUGGUAACGAACGGAGCGAAAUUUGAUGUUCCGGACAGAGGUGGUCAGCUACCGAUGCACUAUGCGUGCAGAAAUGAUGGGUGGGGACGUGAUAUAAUUUUAUUUUUGUGUAAAAAAGGUGCGAAAGUGAAUGUUCCGGAUGGAGAUGGACAACUGCCGAUACAUUAUGCUUGUAAAUACGGAAAUUUAAACAUGGUAGAAUUACUGGUAACGAACGGUGCGAAAUUUGAUGUUCCGGACAGAGGUGGUCAGCUACCGAUGCACUAUGCGUGCGGAAAUGAUGGGUGGGGAUGUGAUAUAAUUUUAUUUUUGCGUAAAAAUGGUGCGAGAGUGAAUGUUCCGAAUGGAGAUGGACAACUGCCGAUACAUUAUGUUUGUAAACACGGUACAUUACACCUGGUAGAAUUACUGGUAACGAACGGAGCGAAAUUUGAUGUUCCGGACAGAGGUGGUCAGCUACCGAUGCACUAUGCGUACAGAAAUGAUCGGUGGGGAUGUGAUAUAAUUUUAUUUUUGUGUAAAAAAGGCGCGAAAGUGGAUGUUCCGGAUGGAGAUGGACAACUGCCGAUACAUUAUGCUUGUAAACACGGUACAUUAAACCUGGUAGAAUUACUGGUAACGAACGGAGCGAAAUUUGAUGUUCCGGACAGAGGUGGUCAGCUACCGAUGCACUAUGCGUGCAGAAAUGAUGGGUGGGGACGUGAUAUAAUUUUAUUUUUGCUAAAAAAAGGUGCGAAACUGGAUGUUUCAAAUGGAGAUAGACAACUGCCGAUACAUUAUGCUUGUAAACACGGAAGAUUAAACCUGGUAGAAUUACUGGUAACGAACGGAGCGAAAUUUGAUGUUCCGGACAGAGGUGGUCAGCUACCGAUGCACUAUGCGUACAGAAAUGAUCGGUGGGGAUGUGAUAUAAUUUUAUUUUUGUGUAAAAAAGGUGCGAAAGUGAAUGUUCCGAAUGGAGAUGGACAACUGCCGAUACAUUAUGUUUGUAAACACGGUACAUUUAACCUGGUAAAAUUACUGGUAACGAACGGAGCGAAAUUUGAUGUUCCGGACAGAGGUGGUCAGCUACCGAUGCACUAUGCGUACAGAAAUGAUCGGUGGGGAUGUGAUAUAAUUUUAUUUUUGUGUAAAAGAGGUGCGAAAGUGAAUGUUCCGAAUGGAGAUGGACAACUGCCGAUACAUUAUGUUUGUAAACACGGUACAUUUAACCUGGUAAAAUUAUUGGUAACGAACGGAGCGAAAUUUGAUGUUCCGGACAGAGGUGGUCAGCUACCGAUGCACUAUGCGUACAGAAAUGAUCUGUGGGGAUGUGAUAUAAUUUUAUUUUUGUGUAAAAAUGGUGCGAGAGUGGAUGUUCCGGAUGGAGAUGGACAACUGCCGAUACAUUGUGCUUGUGAACACGGAACAUUAAACCUGGUAAAAUUACUGGUAACGAACGUAGCGAAAUUUGAUAUUCCGGACAGAGGUGGUCAGCUACCGAUGCACUAUGCGUCCAGAAAUUACUGGUUGGGAUGUGAUAUAAUUUUAUUUUUGCUAAAAAAAGGUGCAAAACUGGAUGUUCCGGAUGGAGAUGGACAACUGCCGAUACAUUAUGCUUGUAAACACGGAAGAUUAUACCUGGUACAAUUAUUGGUAACGAUCGGAGCGAAAUUUGAUAUUCCGGACAGAGGUGGUCAGCUACCGAUGCACUAUGCGUGCAGAAAUGAUGGUUGGGGAAGUGAUAUAAUUUUAUUUUUGUGUAAAAAAGGUGCGAAAGUGAAUGUUCCGAAUGGAGAUGGACAACUGCCGAUACAUUAUGCUUGUAAACACGGUACAUUAAACCUGGUAGAAAUACUGGUAACGAACGGAGCGAAAUUUGAUGUUCCGGACAGAGGUGGUCAGCUACCGAUGCACUAUGCGUCCAGAAAUUACUGGUUUGGACGUGAUAUAAUUUUAUUUUUGCUAAAAAAAGGUGCAAAACUGGAUGUUCCGGAUGGAGAUGGACAACUGCCGAUACAUUAUGCUUGUAAACACGGAAGAUUAAACCUGGUACAAUUACUGGUAACGAACGGAGCGAAAUUUGAUGUUCCGGACAGAGGUGGUCAGCUACCGAUGCACCAUGCGUGCAGAAAUGAUGGGUGGGGACGUGAUAUAAUUUUAUUUUUGUGUAAAAAAGGUGCGAAAGUGGAUGUUCCGGAUGGAGAUGGACAACUGCCGAUACAUUAUGCUUGUAAAUACGGAAAUUUAAACAUGGUAGAAUUACUGGUAACGAACGGUGCGAAAUUUGAUGUUCCGGACAGAGGUGGUCAGCUACCGAUGCACUAUGCGUGCAGAAAUGAUGGGUGGGGACGUGAUAUAAUUUUAUUUUUGUGUAAAAAAGGGGCGAGAGUGAAUGUUCCGAAUGGAGAUGGACAACUGCCGAUACAUUAUGCUUGUAAACACGGUACAUUAAACCUGGUAGAAUUACUGGUAACGAACGGAGAGAAAUUUGAUAUUCCGGACAGAAGUGGUCAGCUACCGAUGCACUAUGCGUUCAGAAAUGAUCGGUGGGGAUGUAAUAUAAUUUUAUUUUUGUGUAAAAAAGAAUUACUGGUAACGAACGGAGCGAAAUUUGAUAUUCCGGGCAGAGGUGGUCAGCUACCGAUGCACCAUGAGUGCAGAAAUUACGACGAGGGAUAUAAUAUAAUUUUAUUUUUGCUAGAAAAAGGUUCGAAAGUGAAUAUUCCGGAUGGAAAUGGACGGCUGCCGAUACAUUAUGGUUGUGAACACGGAACUUUAAGUACAUUGAAAUUAUUAGUAUCGAAUGGUGCGAAAGUGAAUAUUCUGGAUCACAGUGGCAAACUGCGGAUGGACUACGCUUGGAAAAACCGAAACUUAGACAGCAAAAGACGCUGUUUUAUAUACGUUAAGGAUCAACGCGAGCAAAAUCGAGUAUUAGUUACGCUGAGCAACAGUUACGUUUACGCAAUGCCUUACGCUCACAUGCUAUCUCGCCAGGUGAUCAUUAAAAAAAAACAUUUCUCGGAACGAGGCGUACCAAAAGAACCGGCGAUUUAUGUGGACGCGCCUCGGCGAAUUGCGAUGGGGUUGGAACAACGGCACCAUCGACGAAUUGGCCAGUUUAUUAACGAAUGA